CACACCCGCCGCCACGUCACUCCACGCCGCACCCACCCACUGCCCGUUCCGUUCCGGCGACGCGCGCGGCGGCGGCCGCCGUCGUCGUCGGCGCCGGCGGUGGCCCGCACACGCACGCGCGGCGAACUCCUCCCCCGUGCUGCUUGCCGUAAGCCCCCCGCGCCCCGACAAUCGGUGGGGGGUCGCGCCGCGCGCGGUUCCCUUUCACCCGCUCGGUCCAAACCCAACCACCGAGCAGCAGAAUUCGUUAGUUCGUCGCCAUCUCGAAGGCAUCCAGCUCACGGCAUCUCACGCUGUCUUCAUCAUCAUCAGCCUGAGAGCUGAAAGAAUUUGGGCGUAGCUCGCAAGGCACGCUUCGCGGGGAGAAGAAUCCAGCAGCUGCAGGUGAAGUCAGUGGAGCGAGGUGGGCGUGAACGCGUGAGCCACCGGAGUCGAGGAAUGGGGCCGUCCAGAAGCUUCCAGAACCUUCUUCUCCUCCUCCUCCCCCUCGCGCUGGCCCUGUGCUCCGCCGCGGCCAGCGGGGAGGCUUCGAGAAGGUUCUGGGUCGAGAACGACACCUUCUGGAAGGAUGGCGCCCCGUUCCAGAUCGUCGGCGGCGACGUUCACUACUUCCGCAUUGUCCCUGAGUACUGGAAAGAUCGCCUUUUAAGGGCAAAGGCGCUGGGCUUGAACACAAUUCAGACAUAUGUUCCUUGGAAUCUGCAUGAGCCAAAACCGCUGAGCUGGGAAUUCAAGGGUUUCACAGAUAUUGAAUCAUAUUUAAGACUUGCUCAUGAAUUAGAUAUGCUGGUCAUGCUUCGUGUAGGUCCAUAUAUUUGUGGAGAAUGGGACUUGGGGGGAUUUCCACCUUGGUUACUGACCAUAGAACCAACCAUCGAACUGCGUUCUUCAGAUUCAACCUAUCUUUCCUUGGUGGACAGAUGGUGGGGAGUACUACUCCCAAAAAUCGCACCACUAUUAUACAGCAAUGGAGGUCCUAUCAUCAUGGUGCAGAUUGAAAAUGAAUUUGGUUCAUUUGGAGAUGACAAGAAUUAUCUUCAUUACCUUGUUGAAGUUGCCAGAAGAUAUCUUGGGAAUGACAUUAUGCUGUAUACAACUGAUGGUGGUGCCAUUGGAAAUCUAAAGAAUGGAACAAUUCUUCAGGAUGAUGUUUUCGCUGCUGUUGAUUUUGAUACUGGUUCCAAUCCAUGGCCAAUAUUUCAACUACAGAAGGAAUACAACUUGCCAGGAAAAUCAGCUCCUUUAAGCUCAGAAUUUUACACUGGAUGGCUAACACACUGGGGGGAAAGAAUUGCAACAACUGAUGCUAGCAGUACAGCUAAAGCUCUUAAAAGAAUUUUGUGCCGCAACGGUUCUGCUGUACUUUAUAUGGCUCAUGGUGGGACUAAUUUUGGGUUUUACAAUGGUGCAAAUACUGGUCAAAAUGAAUCUGACUACAAGGCAGACCUCACUUCAUAUGACUAUGAUGCACCAAUUAGGGAGUAUGGGGACGUGCAUAAUGCAAAAUACAAAGCACUAAGAAGAGUUAUACAUGAAUGCACUGGCAUUCCUCUUCUCCAACUUCCUUCCAAAAUUGAAAGAGCUAGUUAUGGGCUUGUAGAAGUACAGAAGGUCGCUUCUUUGUUUGAUGUCAUUCAUAACAUCAGUGAUGCUCUGAAAGUGGCUUUUUCAGAGCAGCCUCUAUCCAUGGAACUGAUGGGCCAGAUGUUUGGUUUUCUACUGUACACAUCAGAAUAUCAAGAAAAACAUUCAUCCAGCAUCCUAUCAAUUCCAAAGGUACAUGACAGAGCUCAAGUGUUUGUGUCCUGCUCACACGGUGAUGUCAGAAAACCGAGAUAUGUUGGCAUAGUUGAAAGAUGGUCGAGUAAAACACUACAAAUACCAAGCUUAAGCUGCUCAUCUAAUGUCAGCUUAUAUAUCCUGGUAGAAAACAUGGGUCGAGUAAAUUAUGGACCAUAUAUUUUUGACCAGAAGGGCAUACUAUCUUCUGUUGAAAUAGAUGGCAUUAUUCUCCGUCACUGGAAAAUGCAUCCGGUUUCACUUAAUGCGGUGGGCAACCUUUCAAAACUUCAACUAAUCAUGCAGAUGACUGAUGCUGAAGCUAGCAAAGUAUCCAUUUAUGGUGAUUCAGAAAAUAAGUUGCAGGAUGUAUCGCUCUAUCUAAAUGAAGGGAUUUCAGAGGAACCGGCAUUCUAUGAAGGCCAUUUUCAUAUUGACUCUGAAUCUGAGAAAAAGGACACAUUCAUAUCAUUUCGAGGUUGGAAUAAAGGAGUCGCUUUUGUGAACAACUUCAACAUUGGAAGGUUCUGGCCGGCCAUUGGACCACAAUGCGCUCUGUAUGUUCCUGCGCCGAUCCUCAAACCUGGAGAUAAUGUCAUUGUGAUCUUUGAACUGCAUAGUCCAAACCCUGAGCUCACCAUCAAGUUAGUGAAGGAUCCAGAUUUCACAUGCGGCCAGUGAAGUUGGAGCAUAGAUUAUUCCCAUUCGGUAUGAUUUGUAUAGGUUUCUGUGGCAUUGUCGCCCAAUUCCGGUGAAGGAACAUUUCCUUCUCUUCCGCUGUGAUUCCACAAAAAUGACGGAAUUCUACAGUGCAUACUAUUCACUUAGGUAUAUGCAGUGCAGGAUUAGAAAUGUGGUACCAACAAAAUAAAAGGGAUGGCACAUGAUGACAUGAACAGCAGAUACUGUACCAAGUAUCAAAUCAUGUAUAAAUCAACAUUCAGAUCUUGUUAGUUCUGCAUUUGAGCUAAGAACCUCAA